AUUAAUCAAAAAUGAAGAAGCACACCAGAUGGAACGGCAUAAAGCUCUAGAGUUCCUGAGAUUGUGAAAACAGCAGCUAGCAGAGUCAUGUACAGUGUGUGUGUGUGUAUAUAUAUACUGUGUAUAUGUAUAUGCUGUAUAUGUAUAAAAUGAAACAUCGCGAGAAUCUCCGUGAUUUGAGGUGUAGUUCUCCGUUGUGCCGCUGGGUGUCACUGAAGAACCCUGACGUUUGGUUUUCAGCCAUGAAAAUAAAAAGAAGAAGAAGCUCUUCUAGUUGCUGCUGGUCCUGGUCCUCUCUGAUCCGAACCCUCACACAGAGCAAUUUCUCCCACCGAACCGAGCCGGGUCACCGAACCGAGCCAGCAUGAACGAGUCGGCAGGAGUUCGGUUCAGACGUCUGAACAAACCGCAGGUCAUCACCGAAGAGGUUCCGGAGCGCAGAAACAAAGGAUCCAGCACCUACAGUGGGAAGGUGUUCCAGGUAACGUUGCUGUCUCUUGGCCUUUUCCUGCUUCUUCCUCUGCUCGUCAUCAUCCUCAUCCUGGAGUCACCCAUCCAGCCAGAAGUCUUCAGACUGAAGGAACCCCCGUCCAUGAAGGGCUGUUGGGAGCCAAACCUGAAGCUCCGAGAGGCCGAGAGACUCUUUGAAGACCAUCUGAUUGGACCAGAGUCCAUCACCAACAUCGGAGACGUCCUCUUCACUGGAACAGCCGAUGGUAAAAUCCUGAAGCUCAUUGGUCGAAGGGUCGUCACGGUGACGAGACUGGGCAGACCACCAUGUG